UGGAAAGGUAGAGAAUGUAUCAAAAAGUCAAACUUCUUUCCUUGUUUGGUGCACGAAAUUAGGAAGAAAGAAAAUGAAAGUCUCUCUAUUACUAACUUCUUACAUUAUAUAUUCUUCACUUUCUUCUCCAUUAAAAAAAAAACCAGUAUAUUGAAGUUCCCCUUUAAAUCUUUCUUCUUCUUAAUAUCUCUUCCUUUUUUUGUUCUAUUUAAUUCACAAAAAAAAAAAACAUUCAAAGUUUGAUUCCAUGGCUUCCUCAAGCAGUUCUCAAUCUGAUGGAAUUGGAAAUCAUGAUGAACUGACCCCUUUACAAAAGCAUGUAAUGUUCUUUGAUACCAACAAAGAUGGAAUUAUAUACCCUUGGGAAACAUAUCAAGGUUUCAGAAAAUUGGGACGUAAUGUUUUCCGUUCACUUUUGGCUGCUGUGCUCAUCCAUGUUGUUACUAGUCACAAGACACGACCAGGAAAAUGGCCGUCUCUACUGUUCCCUAUUGUGAUUAAAAACAUCAAAUAUGGCAUUCAUGGCAGUGAUUCUGGUGCCUACGAUGCAGAAGGACGGUUUGUGCCAGAGAAGUUUGAGGAGAUUUUCAAGAAGUACGCACACAAAAAUUCAGAUUCUUUAACAUCUGACGAAGUGGACGAAUUGCUCAAGAAAAAUAGAGAACCUAAGGACUACUUUGGAUGGCUUAAUGCUAUAACAGAUUGGAGGAUUCUAUAUAGUGUGGGAAAAAACGAGGAUGGUGUAUUGACUAAAGAAUCAGUACGAGGUGCUUAUGAUGGAAGCUUUUUUGAGCAAAAGGCAAAAGAGGUUGCUGCUAAGAAAAUGAAGUCAAGCUAGUUGAUCUCAUUACCACAUUUUGAUAUUGCACAAAAUCAACAUGAAGCUAUUUAUUUAUACUUAUAAUUGCUUCUAUUGGUUCUUUUUCUUUUUAUUCUUGUUUGAUUUUUUUAGUUUGAUACUUCACUCAA